AUGGUCGCCAUCUCCGCCCUCGCCCUCGUGGCCCUCCUCCCGGCCUUCACCAUCGCUGCCCCGCACGGCGGCCGCAAUCUCCCUGUCGCGCGCGACGAAUUCCGCCCCGCUGGCCGGGCCGUCGCCGCCGAGCUCGACACGCGCCGCCGCUACCGCAAGCGCACCUGCAAGGCCAAGACCAAGGCCCAGGUCCCUGCCGCCGCGCCUUCCCCGGCCCAGGCGGCUCCUUCGCCCGAGUCCGCCCCCGCCGACCCUUCGCCCGCGGCCGCGUCUGCAGCCCCGACUCCGGCUGAGGCUGCCCCUUCGCCCAGCGCCGCCGCUGCUGACGCCGGUGCCGACCAGGCCCCGUCCCCCGCUGACCCUUCCCCCGCGGCUGAGACGUCGUCUGAUUCCAACGCAUUCAACAACCUCGCCGCGGCCCCCGCCGCCAAGCCGACCCCCACGCCCUCGAGUGGCGGUUCUUCGGGAGGCUCGAGCAGCGGUGGCCUCCUCAACAUCGGUGACUCCCAGUGUGGCCCCUCCGACGCCUCGCCCGAGAACCCCAACGGCUCCGAGGGCUGGCUCAACUGUGGCAUCGACGCCGGUGGCUGGAACCCUCCUCACGUCACCCUCGCCGACCUCAAGUACAAGACGCUGACCGCCGACGGUCCUUUCGCACCCUGCGCUCCUUACAUUAGCAAGUUUGAGCAGUACGGCAACCAGUACGGCAUUCCUCCAAUUCUCCUCGCCAGUAUUGCUCUGCAGGAGUCGACUUGCAACCCGACUGUCACUGGUGGCAACGGCGAGUCCGGCCUCAUGCAGCUGAUUGCCGCGCACUGUGGCGAUGCUCCGGGCGGAGACUGCUACAACGUCGACUUCAACAUUGGCAAGGGUGCCGAGUACUUCUCCCAGGUCCUGGCGCAGAACAACGGCAACGCUCUUGCUGCCCUCGGCAACUACAAUGGAUGGCGCGUUGGCAUGACCGUUGCCGACGCCACCCGUGCCAAGUCCCAGGGCAACUGCUUCGCCCAGAACAACCUCGACUACCUCUACCAGACGGUCAACGGCUGGAUGCAGGGCAAGGAGGGCUACAGCAUUGGCCAAUACUUCAACCUCAAGAACUGCUAGGGGGGCUUGCCACCUGGACAAGUUGUUGCGCCGGCCGCAGCAUCUUGCUCUUUCCCUGUGCCUCCUUAUUGCAGAUUAUCUUUAGUAGUAAAACUCAUGCG